CAUCAUCCCUCUUCUCCUCCAUAUCAACACUCGUGUGGGAUAACAUCGUAAUUAAUACUUUCGUUUUAUAUAUUUUAUCCCCUUCUUCACUCACUCACGAAAGGUCUAUCUCUUCGACUGGUAGCGAGUCAUUUCCUGUGACCAGACUAUCCCCAAAUCCAGCCAUAAUAAUCAUGGACGACUCUAUGCCCAUAUUCUAUAUUGGCCAACACGAGACGAAGCGGGCACUCCCAGUGUCCGAUGAAUUGGCAAACCAUGCUCAAGAUUUAGGUUAUGAUAUGCUUACCACACCCAUCACUAACUCUCAUUUCCAUACCCGUGUUCUUGAUCUUCUCAGUUCAUACAACCAAUCCCUCUCAGAUGCCUCUGGAUCCCCACAACCCCAGCCACUACCUCUUAUUCCAGCUCUGGAGUAUCUCGACACUCCUCUCACUCCUAAUGAUACUAUUUCUCAAUUUCUCACUUUCACAAGUUCGUGGAUUGAUCUAACCUCUCCGGACCCCGUCAUUGCAUACCUAUCCCGCCAGGUGUUGCAUCUGGAGAUCGCAUAUGCCGCAUUCUGUGGAGCUGUGACCGUUGUGAUACCGGGCCCUCGCCUUUCAAAUGGCGCCAACGGAAUUUCCCAAUAUGCGCGUGCGAUCAAAGAAGCGCUCGGAACUGGAGCUUAUAUUCAAAUACACAUUCUACUUCCCACGGAUGGCUCCCAAUCAAAUGAAGUAGAGGACCUUGGCAAUCUAGAGCACUUCGCAAGGCCAGAGCUUCAGCACCCCGGACAGCAGAGCGCUGAAGCUGAUCCAUUCAGCGCGUGGGAUGCUUGGAACGUAAUACGAUCUGUUUGUAAAUAUCCCAGCAGACUGUCAGUAGCUCUUGAUCUCCCACGUCGGCUGCCAUCGUUAGCCCUCCAAUCCAGGUGGUAUGCCGAGCCUGUUCGUCUACUCAAUCUUCCGGCAUCUUCGUUUCUCACCAAUGCUCGGGGAUCUUCUGUGCUUUCCAAGUCUCACCAAUACUUCAUCUUCCGUAUCAUGCGCCUGAAGAGUGCCCCAUGGCUUCUUCUCACGGAUAUCGGCACACUUCCUGGCGUUGAUGACCCAGAUAUGAUACUGUCCUAUUCGACAGGAGACAUCUCAUCGGAUGCUGCUGCCGAUGCUCCCACAUUGGAAUCCUCAAUGUCGACAUCGCCUACACCCGCAGAGGCCGCACAAAUGGCCAAGAGUGGAAAGAAGAAGAACAGCGGCGACCCUACGCCACAUUUGAGCUAUCUCCGGUAUCUGCAGCGUAACCAGCCCCCGAAGAAUGUGAUUGAGAGAUUUGGGGGUGGUUUCCAGGACUACCUUCAGAGCCCGCUGCAGCCCCUGACUGAUAACCUGGAGUCCAUUACCUAUGAGGUCUUCGAAAAGGACCCUAUCAAAUAUGAAUGGUACGAACGCGCCAUCGAAGCCGCACUUCUAGACUGGCGAGCUCUCAACAAGACCACCAGCUCUGGCACAAGUGACAAUGCUGUUGUCAUCGCCGUCGUUGGCUCGGGCCGAGGACCCCUUGUCACGCGUGCAUUGAAUGCCAGUGAGAAAACCAAGAUCCCUGUCCGAGUCUACGCCGUUGAAAAGAACCCCAAUGCCUACGUGCUUCUUCAGCGUCAUAACAGAGAGACUUGGAACAACCGCGUCACCGUCGUGAAGACAGAUAUGCGCGCGUGGAAGGGCCCAGCAAAUGAGGAUGGCACAUUUGGCAAGGUCGAUAUUCUGGUCAGCGAGCUACUGGGUAGUUUCGCAGACAAUGAGCUUUCGCCUGAAUGUCUCGACGGCGUGCAGCAUGUCCUGAAUCCGGACCAUGGAAUUUCUAUUCCAUCCAGUUACACAGCCCAUUAUACGCCAAUCUCUACACCCCGCCUCUGGGCAGAUCUCUCGACACGCAGUGCAAUGGCCGAUCCUACCGCUUUCGACAUCCCUUGGGUUGUCAUGUUGCAGCAGAUGGAUUACUUGUCAACUGUGUCCACACCUACUGAGGCUGUUCAGCAACUCUCGAACGGUACCAAAAUGAACCAGUUCUCCCUUGAAGCGCCCUUGUCACCAUAUAUCCAGACUGCUUGGGAAUUCUCUCAUCCUCUUCCACCUAAUGUCCUUGCACAGGCAUCCCUCCGAAAAGGUGGAUCGGCCGUUGGAGGAGGCGGGGGCUUCACCGGCGGAGACGGUGCAAAUGAGCAUAACGCCCGGUUCAGCAAGCUAUCCUUUCCAAUCCAGGAUCAGGGUAUAUGCCACGGAUUGGGUGGAUAUUUUGAGACGGUUCUAUAUGCGGGCACUUCAGGUUCGGUCGAACUUAGCACAAACCCAAUCACCAUGAAGGAUAAAUCCGAGGACAUGAUCUCUUGGUUCCCUAUCUUCUUCCCAAUUAGGACACCCAUCCAAGUCCCUGCAAAUUCCGAGCUCGAGAUAAGUAUGUGGAGACAGACCGACGAUCGUAAGGUCUGGUACGAAUGGCUAGUGGAAAGCUUUAUCACUGUUGGUGGACAGAGGCUUCGCCUAGCGGUUUCGGAUCUGCAUUCGAGUAAAAGCAAUGGGUGUCUGAUGUAGAGACAUUUCAUCAUAUGCAUAUGCAUUAGCAUUUUGGUUUGGAUCUCAAGGAAUGACCAUUUAUUUAUCUAUUGGUAAUUUCGAUUAUAAUUGAUACCCCAUAGUUCGGCAUACAUCUUGCUGGCAAUUGGCUUUCACUCGGAAUCACUGGCGAGCAAAAAUUCAUUUCGUCCAGCUUAAAUACAAUCUACCAUC